AUGGCGAUCGAGAACUUCGCGAUGCAGCGCGACUGGGAGCUCGAGCGCUGGGGCGCCGACGCCGACGCCGACGCGGUCGGCGCCGUGUACGAGGAUGAGGACGCGUACGGCGACGCGCACGGCGACGGCGGCGACGGCGGUGAUGCGCGCGACGCGCCGCCGCAUAUGCCCGUGCGCGCCGCGACGCCCAACAACCGCGCGCCCUCGUCCGCGUCCGCGUCCGCAUCCUCCUGCUCCUCCUCGUCCUGCUACGACACCGACUCGUCCGCCUCCGCCUCGCCCUCCCUAUCCGCCUCUGAAUACGACUCCGACGGCGACGGCGACUCGGACGCGGACGCGCACGCGCCGCAAAAGCCGCUCCCUGCCUCGCCGUCACAGUCGCGUAUCGCGGUGCGGGGCCACGCGGCGGCGCUGUUCGGCCGCCUCUUGGGCACGUCGGCGCGUAAGGGCGGGGCGUGCGCCGCGCCCGCGCAUGUGCCUGUAAAGAGCGCGCGCCGCACGAGCGUGUGCGCGCAAAACGGCGUUGGGCGCUCGGGGAGCGCGGGCGGAGAUAGCGUUGGGAGUGGUAGGCAGCGGGACAGGGGCAAGGACAGGGACAGGGGCCGCUCGUGGAUCGCGGCGGGGCUCGCGUCGGUGCGCAAUAUGUGGACGCUCGGCGUCUGAGGGGGCGUGCGAUGCGGCGCCGCCCGCGAAUCGUGGAUCGAACUCGACUCGAGAAGGUCGGAGGUUGGAGGCUGUGUGCGGCCGGGGCUGGCGCUCGCCGCUCUCUGGACUCUGUGACUCUGUGACUCCGUGCGUUGCGCUGUGGAUGUGGAUGUGCCUUGUUGGUCGAGACGUACGGGGCGCGUGCGUUAUGCUUUGCGUUGCUUUGCUCUGCUAUCGAGCGCAGUGGUCGCUCGCUCGCUUGCUAGCUGUCGAUGCCGGUCGGUCGGAUCUGCCGUCCGCCGGCUGUCUGCUGUUUGCUGUCUGCUCUUUAUCUGCUGUGUCGUCGUCGUGUCUUCGUGACAAGGAAAAAAACACCCCAAUACUUCGCAUUUAUUUAUCGCCUACCCAGACUUCCUUGUAUGUACCAUAUAAACUACGCCACACAAAAAUCAAACUCUGCCAGUCCC